AUGUACGCGUGGCAGACGGAUGUUGUGGAGGGCACUUGCCUUGUAAUUGUAAUGUGCAUGGGAGGGGAUGAGAUGAGAGAGGAGAGGAGGAGAACCGGUUGUGUCUGGUCAGGUUGCUUGGUGCACCGCAAUGCCCUUCCUUACUUCCUCGUAUUACCACGGCAGUGUUUCGGUUUAUUCUUUCAUAUUGGAAAGUAUGCAGUCUUCUCCUCUCUUUACUACUACUUUUAUCAAGUGUAUUAAUU